UUGAUUAUUUUUUAAAUGCAAAACUUUAUUUGAGAAUGCAAUGAUUGUUCAUAACAUAACCCAAAUACCAACAUUGUGAUAUGUGUACCUGAACCUGCCAUCGAAUAGUAAGGCGCUAGCUAUAACCGAAUAAAAAUUAAAUUAAUAAACCCAUAAAAGACUUUACCGACACAAUCAGCUACCCACCAAUGUAAAAUAUCGAUGAAAUUUCUACCCAAGAAUUUUAAACGCGAGCCGAAUCAAAUUUACGAUGAUCUCGCAACUUACGACGACUGUACCAGUUUCUGGAAAUUGGCUCCAUGGUGAUAGAAAAUGAGCAGCAAACUGCGCAGCUUUCUCAAGCGCCAUCUGUCAGCUGACGUCUACUCAGAUGUGAGAUGGUGCGAGGCGGUGAUUUUGAGGCUCAAAAACAGGGUAACUUUUUGUCACGUCGCGGUCACGUCAGACUCGGUGUACGUGGCCGACCUCGCAUCGCGGUCACUCAGGGUGCUGCUCACCAUCAAGAACAUCACGUCCUUACAACUCGUAGCAGACAAAGUAGAGUUCCUGAGCGGCGUGGUGCAGCAGCAGUCGUCGCACUUGGUCGUGACCAUCGCCGCGCCCACCGCCGCCAAAUCAUUAGUGGCUCAGUCUUCUAGUGUUUUAUCUGAAGCUCGGAAAGGCGGAUGGGACUGUGCUCCGCGUGUCACAGACGACUACGGCAGCUUAGACUCUGUGGUCCGAGCCAGCGACCCGGCGAGUAGGAGCCCUCGCGAUGAAUGGAGAAAACGUGGCUCGUUUUCUGAAGGCUCGGAUUCUGUCUCGCAGAAAACCUCUUCGCUCAAAAGAUCCAAGCGUAAAAUUUCGAGUUUUUUCAAAGGCCUAUGGAGAGGCAAAAGUUACUCAUCGUCACAGUUCCAAAUUGGCAAUUCGAGUGACCUACCCGCGACGUAUAAUCCAGCUCUUCUAACCACUUCAUCGGGUUUGCAUAGCUACCAACCUGCCAACUCCUCAUCAACUCUGCCGUUCUCAGUUGCCACAAGUUGCGGUGACCUGACCGACCGAAGACCAUCGCUUAUGUCUAUGAAUUCCACCUUUCAAGAAUUCUCCCCGGGACAAAAGUUAUUCAGUGAACCGCAAAGUCCGAGACCGCACACACAGUCUUCUGACGCAGUUAGCAAUGGUCUCGAUGUUACCACUAAGUCGCCGUUUCUUGCACAAUCCGAUCAGUUUAAUUUCGAUUCCGACACAAGCGAGCGGAAGAUUUCGCCUCCUAUUCUGCAGCGAGCGUCGUCUUGCCAGAGCUUGGAGUCAGGCUGGGGCAACCGCUUACCUACUUUGCACGUGAGCGGCGUCACGAGCCGGCGAGAUGCCACUGAAGUGGAAGGCCCCGACGGCCGGCACUUGAGGCGCUCAGCGAGCGCUCAGGACACCCGAGGCACUCCGGUCCCGCUGUUCCCCCGCAGCUACAGCGUCCUGGGGGCACCGGUGCACGCCUCCAGCAGACGUGGCUCCCUCAUCAAUAGCACGGCUGAGGGAGAAGAAAAAGUUCAUCUCUACACCAUCACCGCCAACAGCCUUCUGCACCAGCUCCUCUAUACGCUUUGGAGGAAUAAGCGUCUACGGGGCCGAAAGCAAUCUGAUGACCCGAUGAUAUCAGCUCGUCUGUUACCAGCCUCGUCUCCUAAGUCAUCAGACGCAAAGGUUUCUUAUCAGCCUUCUGCGCCUUCGUCAGUAGAAGAAGGCUUCUGGCAGCUCAAGACUGAACUGCUCGCCGCCGAAACUCUAGACGAAUGUUACCUGCUAACCAAAGAACUCAGUUCAGGUCUGGCGAAAGUCUCCAAGUUGAAGGUUUUAUUUUGGCAGGAUACUUCAUUUCUGAACCGACUGCUGUCACUUCUCUCUCAAUACCUUGCAUUAAACCCCCAAAAGAUCUCAGAUGAAUCUGAAAAACAGAAGAGAAGAUUUGCGAAAAACGGCGACUUUGGCAAUUCAAGCCAAGAACAACGGCAGGAAGAGCUCGAGCUUUGCGUGCUGCUCUACAACGCUCUUUUGGAGAGCUUCUAUGAUGCUCAUAAGCCCAUGGUCAAGAUGUUAUCUCUGAGCGACUACAAGCUGACUUGUCAGGUGCUGGCGACCGUCCUGACGCCAGCCGCGCUGCCCAACUCCCUGCGGCUGACCUGCGACCGCUGGCUCACUGACGUCGCCGCGUACAGCGACGACACCAUCAGGCACCUGCCGUGCGCUCCCGUGGCCCAGUUGGUGGUGAGGUGCACAGAGCUGAGCAUCGUGUCGGUGCACAAGCUGCUGCUGGCGCUCUCUGAAGACGUCAACAGCUCGCCGCACCUUUGCAACAUCUUCAAGAGCUGUCAUGUGAAGCCGUGGCUGCGGUACGCAGUGCCUUUGAUGGUGGCGAGCAUGAGAGGCGCGCGCCGCACAACAUACCUCCAUCACACUCCAGACGUCACUGACGAAGUUGAGACCCUGCAAGUGCAUCUCUCGGUGCUGAGUGCCUUGCUAGAUAACUCCACGCGCACGCAACGAUUCUGCAUCCGACAUUACAAGGAGGAGAUCAAGUAUUACGUCACUGCGGAGCAAGUGGCGUCUCUGAUGGAAGGUUACGCAGAUUCAGCGACUGUUGAGAUGUGCGUCGCUCUCGCUGAAAAUAUACGCUUCAGGCUUGCCCUCUGAUGACAGACAAGACUAACCGUCAAUGACAGAUAAGUCGCCAAUCAGCAGCUACUGCACUUGACUCGUCAAGCCUACCGUCAAAGACAGAAAAGUCGCCACUCAGCAGCUACUGCACUUAACUCGCCAAGCCUACCGUCAAAGACAGAUAAGUCGCCACUCAGCAGCUACUGCACUUAACUCGCCAAGUCAACCGUCAAUGACAAAUAAGUCAUUGACGCAGCAGCUACUGCACUUAACUCGCCGCUUGUCAAAAACCGUACAAUUAAUACUGGUCAUAAUUACGAUUUGUAAGGUUGCCACAUAAUGAAUUUAAAGAAUUUUUGACCUUGCUAAAAAAUUGUGGGUUAGUUUUGUUAACUAAAUAUGCAAUUUCUUGUGAAGGCCGGCGACAUAAGUGAUGUGAACAAAUCACUUAUCACUAUACAUUGACAGUAGGCGUUCUUGGAGAAUUUUUGGUGAGGUAAAAUUCCAGAGAACUUAAUUUCUAAAUGUUUUAACUAGUCAGUAAAAUACAGCUAACGACCUACGCGCUUAAAGCAAGUAAAUGUGAUCUAGAGUUAAGCUAUUGCUUGAUCAACGAACUGCAGAUCAACGAACGAAUGGAUGUAUUCAAAUAUUUUAGAGAGGCAAAAAAUGGGAGAUAUUGGAACACGUCGUUUAUUUUUAAUAUUAAUGUGCAACAACUCUCCCUCCCAGGCCAAUCUAUUCAAUAACUUGUGUGUAAUUAGUGCUAUAUAAUUUGGUUAAUAUUAUCCUGUAAUACACAAAAAUGAUCGAAUUGUCUCACUGUACCCUCAGUCCCACCGUACCACUUUCCCCUACCACACGUACAACUAGCCCACGUACAAUUCUAUUCAUUUUAUUAUACAGGGUGACACAAAAAAAACA